AAGAGGGUGACUUAGUCCAUGCUUCACUGCUUCAAUCUGAUUCUGAAAGUGCUGAUGCACCCUGUCUUGACAGCAAGUUGUCUCACCGGAUGUGAGCUUAAAAUGUGGCGAUUUGCUGUGAAAGCCAUUCCUGAUAGUCCAAAAUGGGGCUGGAAUGAUGAUAAGGAAACAAUUGAUAAUCAAUCUUUCUGCUCUUUGGGACACCAACCUCUUCUCCAUUUUCCUCGCUUCUCGCUCCUCCCUCUGUCUGUCUCCGAACCAGCGUUGAAGAUGAUGCACAUGACCUUCUACUGGGGCAAACGGGUCACCCUCCUCUUCGACUCAUGGAGUACCGAUUCCUGGCUAAGUUAUUUCCUUACUCUACUCGCCUGCUUCCUCUUCUCCUCCUUCUACCAAUACAUGGAAGAUCGCCGAAUCCGCUUCAAGUCCCUCGCCUCCACCAACCCCAUCUCCGCCGCCGCCCCUCUCCUCCCCAAAACCCGCCGCUUCAAGCCCCCUAAAGUCGCAUCGGCUGUCGUUUUCGGAGUCAACUCCGCCAUCGGAUACCUCCUGAUGCUCGCUAUCAUGUCGUUCAACGGAGGUGUGUUUCUCGCCAUCGUUUCGGGGCUGACCGUUGGGUACCUAUGCUUCCGGUGCGAGGAUAAGGAGGUUGUGGUCGUUGACAAUCCCUGCGCUUGUUCUUGAGAUCAAAGAUCUGGAUUAUCUAUCCACAGUAAAUUUACCUUUUUUUUAUAUAUAUAUAUAUUUCUUUUUAUCCCUUUAUACUGUGUUUGCGUGUAUUGAUACAAUUACGAUCCAAUAUAUGAAUUACUCAUCU